AUGGUGUUUCGAAAGAGUGCUCUUGCAAACAUUCCUAAAACUCACCAGAAUUUCUGUAAGAAGUAUGGCAAGCACCAACCCCACAAAGUGACACAGUACAAGAAAGACAAAGAUUCUCCUUACGGCCAGGGAAAGCUGCAUUAUGACAGGAAGCAGAGUGGCUACGGUGGGCAGACUAAGACGAUUUUCUGGAAAAAGGCUAAAACUACAAAGAAGAUUGUGCUGAGGCUUCAAUGUGUUGAGCCCAACUGCAGAUCUAAGAGAAUGCUGGCUAUUAAGGGAUGUAAGCAUUUUGAACUGGGAAGAGAUAAGAGAAAGGGCCAAGUGAUCCAGUUCUAA